AUGACCGCGCGCACCCCCGCGGCGGGCACCUCAUUUCUCGGCGACGCCUCACGGCCAUCUCGCCCCUCGUCAGCCCUCCCUUCGGGAUCGGCUUCACCUUUCACACAAAUCUCCGUUCCGACUCCAGAGGGGACGGCCCGAAGUAAAGUCGCAUCUAUAGAGGACGUAGAGGACUCGGGAGGAUCCCACCGAGUGCGCGAAAGUCUCCGCUCCUCGGUCUCUCCCCAUCCGGUCGCUCCCCUCAACUUCCCGCGGACGAUGCUCGUCCCGGGGAGUCUCGACGACGAUUCCUCCACGGGAGCUCAACCCUCGCACGACCUCAAGCCGUCAACUUUCGUCGAGUCGCCUCGACCUCGACCGGCCGACGGCAGCUCGCAGACGGCGUUACCACCCGGAUGGAGUGCCCGGCGGUCGCCUCCUAUCACUCCUUCCCCCGCGAAUUGGUUUUGCCCCGUGGAGGUCAACAACUCCGGAAUGCCUGUCUACGUUCCCCAACCGGUGGCCACGUCGACUCCUUGGAACUCGAACGAUCCUUCCCAUAACUCGGCCCCGUCGAACCCUUCGGUCUCGGUGGACGAAGCUAUGCAAGCCGCUAAGGACGCAGUCGACAAGGUUCACCUCAAGGAUCUAAUGGAUGGGACGGGUAGAUUCAAGGUCCACCUUCGCAAGCCCGCGGAAGCUCAAGCUAUCUUCAACGACCUCAACGCGCGGGACGCUCUAGGAAACUUCAGCACUCUAUUCGAGGAAGCAAACGUCUUCAUCGCUGAAGACCUGGAUCCUCGUGAUGUCAUCGACGCCGCCGAAUUCGAGCGAAAGGAAGCUCGUUAUCGACUCAAGGCUCGAGCCAUCUUGCGUAUCAAUUACAUAGUGGAAGGGCUCGAGUCUUUAGUCAACCAGAUGCUACGCCUGGAAGACGCUCACCGCCAAUGGAAGACCGACCAUGCCAAUUCCCUCAUGGGAGCCCUCCGGGCGUCCGCAUCGCGGGGGCUGCUUUCAGACGCUUUCCGAGUCGUGCAGUACAGAGCGGCCAAGGCGAUCACGCUGAUCCACCAGCGACGCGCCCUUCACGACGGAGCAAACUACCCUGAGUCCGUCAAGUCUACCGCCUCGGAUUUCAGUCAACACGUCCGAUCCUCGAACUCCAAGCGUAUGGUCAUCGACAAGUGGCUCGACCACCCCGACAUCUUCUCAAACCUGACGCCCGAAUAUCAAGCGGUCGUCUUGAGGCGUCUGGGAAACGCGGAAGGAAUCGACUCGGAACUAACGAACUUGCAAAUUCCGCCCGAUCAACGGUUCAAAUGGCCUCCGUCCUCUCUGCUUGUAACCCCCGUGUCUCCUCCGAACCUUCCUCUCCCGCCAAAGCAGGAGGAAGUGUUCGAUUCCCUCCUACUGUAG